CUCUAUGAGCCUAGCGGCGUAUUUUUAAAAGCUGGAGCUGAGUUGUCGGCAUGUUAUUUCAUUUGCUUAUUCUGUAGCGCUUUCUGCUAUGGAGUAAAAACUGUUCUGAAAUGUUGUUCUCAAACCAAUAGCUUAAAAACAACUUGUAUUAUGGAUUUCUUAACUGAUGUCUGACACAGAGGGAAAAAUGGAUAAAUGAAACUGGCACAGAGAAAAUGCAGCACAACACAUGAAGGUGUACCAUGCUCUUGAGAUUCAUGGCACUAGUGACUGCAGUAGUGCGCAUGGUUUCAGCUCAAGACAGAGGUGGUACUAUUCUCCAACAAGGGGAGACCACCGACCCUCAAAGCGUCAUUGUAACAGCCAGAACUCGCGCUUUCCUUUCCUGCGAAAGUGGAGAUAUUGUGGUAAAAGUAAAUUUUACACAACCAUUCAGAGGACUAAUGUACGCCCAUCGUUCCCGGACUUCGCCGUGCCGCAUUCAUGGAACCGGUGAUUAUUAUUAUGAAUUGAGGAUACCCUUGAAAGGAUGUGGAACAUGGCAGGAAUCCCCGAGGGUUUUUGUAAACAAUAUCACUAUUCGUUUUCACCCUGCAUUGGAGUUAGAAGAAGACGAAACAAAGACGGUCGUCUGCCGAUAUCCUCCUCCUUUAACACCACCUCCAGGCAGUAUCCAAAUUGUGCGGCCACCAACUGUAGUGCCGAGUGUGGUUCCAACUCGAAUCGGAACUGCAAAACUUUCUGAAGUGGAGAUCCUCAUCAUCAUCUGCCUUUUACUCUUUCUAUCUCUACUGACACUGGGAAUCGGAAUCGCUUAUUUCUGCUUGAAGCGGCGAAACAUCAGAAUCAUUCGCAAAAGUACCCUCACCUCAUCAUCCGCACCACCUUCACAAAUAACCAGGCUUAGCAGUUCAAACUUACAACCACCUUCUUCGCUACUAUCAUCUGUCCUCGGACACACUGUUCGGAUACCGAGAGCUGUGCCGUAUUCGGCUCCAGCUGGCAGAGCAUCAGCCCUCUCCUCUCCUGACCAACCGUAUGAGGAGUACCCGGCCAGCACUUCGACCACAGAAACUACUAGCGGAGAGCUAUCGGAAGCAUCAGCUUCUAGUUCAUCAUUAGCUGAAGACCAAGUAGACGGAUCUAAGCAUUUGUUAUAUCGUAAAGGAGGACCAAAGUCUAUUCUUUCUAUACCUAAAGCAAUUUUAAGAAAAACUGGAAACAGGCGAUGGGUGACGGAGCCCACUGUUCAUCAUUAUUAUAGCAAAGCGAAGUCCACUGCCACUACAUCAGUCAAGAGGCCAGAAACAGAAGAUCAAACCGUGACUACAGUUUUAGAGCCAGAAAACCAAAAUGGAGAUGUCUACUUCGCAGCAAGAAGUGAAGAAUCGAAAUUCAAUGCAAGAAAUUCUGUUCGACAAAAUCUCCAAACCCGAGGUGCUUCAGUUAAUAAACUGUCUUCUCCGCUAUAUGCUCAAGUAGAUAAAAACAGAAAAACGGGAACCAAAGGACAGGAAGUGAUUAGCGAAGAAAGAAGAUCCUUAAGAUGGCCUGCAAAACCAUCUGCUAUUCCUGGCGCAGCAAGAAGGCAACGACAAAUUGUGACCGAAGUACCUGAAGAGUCAGAAACUUCGGAAGAGGUUACAAAGAAUACAACAGUUACAACAUCCGUGAGGCGAGAAAUUACAGAAACUGAAGUCUUGUCUCCCCUUUCAAGAAAAUUACAGAAAGGCAAUGAAAUUUCAGAGGGGAAAGAUGGCUCUUUGAAGUCAUCAGAUGUUACAGAGUCCGCUUCUGAUUUACAAAAAACUGAUACGUCGGCUGGAGAAGAUAAUGUACUACAGAAGCCUCCCAAAAGUAUACUUAUACGAGAUGUUGCGGAUAUAUAUUUGACAACUACGGUAGAAACUGAAUCAAGAGAACUGAAAACUAGAGUGUCACGUGAUAUUGUGGAAGAACAUAAGAAAAUUGAAGGAAAGUCAUCUGAAAUCCGACCUUCACUCCUGAAUGCAAAAGAUAAGACAAAAACUCAAAGCAGAGUUCCGCCAACUACAGAAAACUGGAAUGUUGUCAUUCGUCAGAGAAAACCUGUGGAACAAGACCAUCCAAUAGGAACCAAUCUGGAUGGAAGUGCCGAGAGCAGCGCUGAGGAAGGUGAUAGUCAGGAACCUCCUUCCACUCCCAAACCUCAUUUUGAUGUCAAAAUUAGGACGAUACCUCCAGAUGAGCUUAAACCAAAGAAAUCCGAGGAUAUGAUAUCCAUACCGCCAUUAGAAAUGCCGCAAACUGUGGACAGGUUAAAAGAAGCUUUAAGGCCAAAGUCUCAAGAGGAACCAGUACCGAUUCCAUUGUCAUCAGAUCAUCUACAGAAAGAUGUCUCCCAAAGUGCCUUAGAGGAUAAAGAUAAAUCCAGUCAACCUCAGAGAACAGUUCGAUGGAUGGACGACACCAAAGAUUCUACUCCCGAUGAAGGUUCAACAGUGAGCAGUUCUGACAGUUUCCAUUCUGCUGAAAGUUUAAGGGAAAGAUCUUCCUCAGAGGUGCUGGAAGUAAUUCCAACAUUACCGAGUCAACGAAGAAAUUCAGACCAUCCAAUGCUAGAGAGAUCUACAUCAGAAAUAGUAACUUCUCCUGACGAUCACGUCAGAUGGGUUGGUGGAGUGGUUCCAGUGUUAGAAUCUCUAUCACCAGAAUUUCUAGCUAAUAUUCCAGUUGUAAUUCAAGGAGGAUUUUUUAACAAGCAGAAGUCAUCAACAGCUGAAGGAGAGAAAAGUCCGUUAUAACAACGUUUUAUUUCUUUCACUGCCAGACACUCUAUACAGUCAAAUAUAACACUGUUAUGCGAACUAUUUAAAUUGCAAUUAAAAUGAACUGUACCUGUGUUUGGUGCUACUAUAAAUAUUGGUAAGAAGAGUAAUUAGCAAAGAGAAGCUGAUAAAUCAUAAUUAUUUUUUGCAAAUGCAAAUUUCGAGAAAUAUAUAAAUUUCGAGAAAAUUAUAUGUUAUAAAUUUCGAGAAAAUUAUAUGUUAUAAAUUUCGAGAAAAUUAUUCGAGAAAUAUAAUGUGGUAUAUUCACAGUUUUAGAAAACUAUUUUAUUGACUUAUUAUUUGCAAAUAUUAUUUAAAUAUUUCUAAAGAACUUCUAAAGAAUAUAAGUAUUUCUUUUGAUAAGGGAAUAAAUAACCUAAUUCCGCGGAAGUUCCAAUAGAGUGAUAGAUAUAUGAUAUUGAAUAAUAUGAUUUUAAAAUUCAUUUAAACAUUUCUGUUUCCAGAUAUUACAAGUAUGAUUGCUUCGGGGAGGGAGGAUUUUCAAUAAAAAUAACUCUCCAUGAAUUUUCUCAUAGGUUCAUUAAGUAAUCGUUCGUAGAAGCCAGGCAAUGUGCAAUGUAUUGUUAGAAGCUUUUUUCACCCAACCCCUUAAUAUCUGUGUUUUAAUUUAGUAAUAUGAGAACAUUUUUGAAAAAAUACAGCUUGCAUUCAAAGAAAUUUGCAUUGUACUAUUAGUUCUGGAAACCUGAAAGAAAGGAAUUUUUUUUUGAAAGUAAGUGAGAGAAUAAUUAAAAUGUCAUCAGCACCAUGUCCAAACCAAGAAUCUGCAAAAUUAUUAGAAAAUUUCGAGAAAAACGUGUUUAAAAGUUUCAUAGGUUCUAAGAGUUUUGAAUUCCGCAAAAUAAUAUUUUUAUACUUCAAAGGAAAUAGACGUAGAAGAACUCAUUUUAAUAUAAUAUAAGACACUGAAAAACAACUGAAACGUAUAUAAGCAAAUGAAAACGAUAAAAAAUGCAAUUUCAUGGUCUUACCGAGGUUUUGAAUAAUAAAAGUUUCUAAAUAAUGCCACAUUUUUACAGUUUUUGUAGCUGUAUCUUUUUCGUACAACUCUUAUCUAAUAUUUUCAAAUGCAAGCAAAAAUACGGCAGUUUAUUGUGAUUGAAUGCAUUGUAUGGAUUAUUGUUUAUUAAUAUGUAAAUAAUAAAAUUCAUUGUACACAAAAGUAUUCAAAAGCUAGUGCAUUUAAUUCUUGUUAAAUAAUUUCAUAUCUGAAGUUCCUAGUUUGUACUAUCGGAUAUUAUUCAUUUAUUAAAGUAAAGCAUUUUGUAGAAAGCCUAAACUCAUUAUCGAUUAAUGUCUAUAUACUUCCAGCACAGUGAUUCAAAAUGACCCAACGUCAAAUUACUUUACCUCUGAAAUUUGCGGAGGCAUGAGUGAUAAAUGAAAUAUAAGAAAAACUGCCCAAGUUUUAUGUGACUUCUUUCAGUUACAUUAAAACAAAAAGAUAAUAAUCAUAUUCCAUACUUGCUCAGCGCAAGGUACAGAUAAGACCGUCUAAGCAUUGCAUUCCUUCAGUAGCACCUAGCGCCCACUUCCUCACCACCCGUGUUUUCAAGCGUGAUGAACAGGCGUGAUUUCAAGCGUGAUUAUGAGAAUUUAUCUGGACCUACUUUAAUCUGAAGUCUCAGACUCAGGGGUUGUAGGCCUAGGCAGCAAUCAGAUCUCCAAAUUACAUUUUGUUACCUUUCUCGCAGCAACCGCUGGAGAAACCCGCUGGUUUUACGGGAAAAAAAAAAAAAAAAAAAAAAAA